UGGUUGUCUGCGCCCUAUUCUUUCUGUGUCAACUCUGCACACACUCCUGCAUCACUUGUCUCACGCAGUCCCGGCUUCGUGACUUCAAUUAUUCAACGGUAGCCUAAUUCUUAACUACUUGAAAGUCAACUGUGAGCUGCUCUUACUGAAAGAGAUUCGCAGGCGGGAAAUAUGUCUGGCAUCCCCGACGACGAGCCCUAUUCAGGGUCCUCCGUGGGGUCAGACACCAAUGCGACAGCGCUCAUGAGCUCAUGGGGCCGUCGCCGUCUGAGGGGAUCUGACCAUUCCAGCGCGACGACGCCCAGAAGCGCUCUUUCUGACCCAGGUCGUUUUGUGUCGAAGAGGAAGGAAGCAGAUGGCCACUUGGUCAAGUUUCUCAUUGACUACGCCGCCAAUGACGAGGAAUGUCCGCCGCUGCUCAGUGACUACCUCACCGAUGUGGUGUUGAAGGAAGCCGUUGACCGAGGAGAUCCCUCGGUGCUUGAUUGGUAUCUGAGGGACUGGGAGAUCAAGCAUUACCCCAUCCGCAAGAGGCUUCUCGGCGAGCUUAGCAAGUACAGGCUGUAUGACUUUCUCUUUCCCCUGGACGGGAGACGGCCUUCGUUGCCCACUGCCUCGAUUCCGCCGCAAUACAGGCCGCUUUUGCCUUGGGCUCCAGAGACUACCUUUGUCGGAGUUGACGAGCUGGAUCCCGAUAUCGAUGCCCCGGUCGUCACUGCCGAUAUCAGGCUUGACGAAGACGAAGAAGAAGACGUUGCGGCAGUGCCGGCUGAGGAACAUCCGCCGGAGCAUUCGCCGGAGCCAGCCAGAGCCAGCCCCCAGCCCGUCGUCGAAGAUACUGCCGACGCCUCCCCCACCGUGAGGCUCAAUAAUCUCCGCAGACGGAUCGACUCCCUCCCGUCUAUCAUUUCCUCUCGCACUUCUUCGGGGCCGUGGGAGACAGGCACAGCCGUAGGGGUUUCAGAAAUCAGAGACCUCGGCACGGCGGACUGGACGGAAACCUCGGCCUACAAAGGCGGGACACAGCCGCCUUUGGCAUUACGCCUCAAGACCAUCACCAACUUCCUCAGCGACGAGGAUGUGGACCGCUGCAAAGACUGGGAGGUCAAGUUUUCCGAGAUUGUGUCGUAUCUCCAGUGGCUUGCCAGCGGGGAUGAGAGACACCAGCUUGAAAAUGCCACGCCCGAGACGCAGGCCCUAUAUCAUGAUGCGUUCGAAAGGUGCAGGGUCCAUGUGCUCUUCCAGCAGCACCACUAUGAUCCCACGCCGCUGGAGAUCAACCCGCCGCCCAAGGUGCCCCUGAAGUCGACGCGCUUGAAGUGGAUGGCGAACGUGCACGACUGGCCGCUGCCGUCGAGGAGCCCCGUGCCAAGCCGAGACGAUCUUCUCCCGCGGCCAAUCCACCCGCGCCACCCGGAGCCCGUCAACAGGAUGCUCAUUGAUAGCCCAGAGGGCAGGUCCAGGUAUGAAACGCUCCUGCGAGAUCAGCAGCGCUGGUGGGAACGCGACACUGGCGGGUCUGAGGAAGCUCUCGACGACGAGAAGUACAACCUGGCCUACGUCGAGGCAAAGUAUUUCGAGGUCUUCUCGGACCCGAGCCACGUCGGGUGGGUUCGUCGAGACCGACGCACGGGUGGAACACUGCUCCCUGACGACUCGCUGGUCGUCCCGGGGGAGCCGCGGAGCUGGGCCAAGGAGCGCGCUGCCCGCCGUGCUGGACUGCAGCAGAUGCUGCGGUCAUAUCCAACGAACAUACAUGUGUGGGUGGACACUCCCUGGCGCAAAAUCGUGCUGCCAGUCGAUGCGGCUACGCUGCGCAAGCUGAGAGAGCGCGUCGGCGGCGUGCAGUGGGUGCCGCCCCGGGCCGUUCCCCCGGUGUAUAUGCGCCAGCCCAUCGAGACCAUGCCCUACACCGUCUUCUUGAGGGACUACAACAAGCAACUCAAGCAGAUGCGCACACUGGCGCUGCUGAAGGUCAUGGACGAGAACUCACGCGACCGUCGCUGGGUCUCUCUGCCCAAGAACGUGCUCAACGGCGGCCCCUAUGUCUGGCGCAUGAUCGACCCCGACGUGCUCGAGCGCCAAGAUUUGCUGCGUCACUGCUACACGGCGCUCAAGGUCCUGCGCGCGGCCACCCAGCGCACGCCGCGGCCGCUUCUAGAAGCUAUGCUGCGUCUGGCGGAACGCGGCGUCGCUGGCGAGUUCAGCAGAAACCAAGUGCCGCCCGAGGUAAGGCUGGCGAAUGACGAGUUCCUGGCUGAUGGCAUACAGCGCCGCACCCUAUUACUCAGCCACGAGGAUGUGGGCUGGGUCAAGUUUGUCGCCGGCAGCGAGAGCGUCAACAGCGGGACCUGGAGGGGCCACUUUGACCCAGACUGGCCCAGGGACAAGUACAAGCUCUUCCUCAUCUUCGCCCGCCGUGUACAGAAGUUACUGGACGACCCGAAUCCCGAGAGUCUUUUUAACCUCCACAGAAGCGUCACGGUCGAGCAGCUGCUGGAGGCCAUCAAUGCUGGAUGCGGUACCACUGCCGUCGAGAGAUGCGAGUUUGAGCCAUACGACACCUGCGCCUGGCUCGACAGGAUGAAACGCAGCGGACAUGUCAGAUUCCAGUUAGACCUCUCGUGCUACGGUGUUGUCGAGCGCCCGGUUCCCAAUUUCUUCCCAGAACACCGCGUCAUCUGGCCGCUGCCCGAGGAGCAGCGCGAGCGCCCAUCCGCUCUAGGACACAUCUCGGAAUGGGAGCCCAUAGUCACUGGCGGCAGACGGCCCGACGUGGACCAGAACAGCGCUAUCUGGAACUUCUUCGCCUCCCUAGCCUACCGCCUUGGGUACACCAUCUCCAAGCUGGAGCAGGACAUGGCAGACCAGGCGUCCACCGUGCAGCCCACGCCAACCGUGUUUCUGCGCGAGUCCAUCGACAAGUGGGAGCGCGAGUGCUUUGCCCUCGAGCAGACGGGCCAGCUGCACCACGUGCGCGAGCUGGUGUUCCGCGCCGACCCUGGUGCGUCGGCCAAAAACGCCAAAGAGCACCCCCAGGAUGGUGCCAUGUCCACCGAUGACGCGCUCUCCAUCGUCCGCGACCACGUCAUAGACGAGAUCAGCGCCAACGAGACCAUGCUGGCGCCCGGCCGCGAGCAGCACGGCGUCGACCGCAAAACAGGCAAGACGCGCGUGACGCUCGUGCGCGACUACAACUGGGACUGGGCGGCCGUGCCCCUAGCCAAAGGCCGAAAGCCGCGGCAGUUCUGGUCCGUCAACCGCUGGCCUCUCGGCGUCGGCCACCUCACUGCCGAGGCCGAGAGCGCCGUCGCCAACGACGAGUUCGCCGACCCGCUCGCCGUGUACGAUCCGAACGUCCAGGACCUGACCACAGACCCCAUCUACAAGCGCCCCAAGCUGAAGCCCUACGUCGAAGAAAAGGUCGUGUUCUGCCGUGGGCGCCCCGUGUAUCCCAUCGGCGACACUCGGCUGCAGCAGCGCAUGGUCCGGGUGCGCGUGACGGACAUGGUGAAUAGGGCUACCGGGUUCCGCAGAAAACGCACCUGGAGCGAACGGAUCGCCAACCUCGUCCCCAGCAUCCUGCGGCCAACCCUGGCACGCCCAGAGGGCGAUUAUCUCGAUCCCCAGGGCGAGCCGUGGCUGCCUGAAGUGGACCCGGAGUCGCUCGCACACAGCUGGGACCCCAUCGAACUGCAGAAGUCCUUGGAGGAGGCCGAGGCCGAGGACGACGAGGGGAAUGACGAUGAGUCUGACGACGACGAGGCCAAUCCGUGGGGCCAGGCGUUGUAUGGAAAUGGUGGCAGCAGCAACAGCGGUAGUGGUGGUUUAGGUAGCGGUGGAACUUCGAGCGAGGACGAGACACGCGAGGAGAAGGAGGAGGAGGAGGAGGAGGACGACGACGACGACGAGGAGGAGGAUGAUGAUGAUGGCGGUGAUGACCACAGCGGCCAUGGCGAUGGCGACGGCGGUGACGAUGGUGAUGGCGAUGGCGAUGGCGAUAGCGAUGGUUCCGUAAGACGCACUUUCCAGUUUAUCCCCUCCACUUCCACCACCUCUACUACUGCAGCGCAGCCGCCAAAGUCCCCGUUUCCGGGCAGACGGUUCAGCGCCAGAGUAAGCGGCUAUAAUUCGUCCGGCUCCGAUGACUUCGAUAGCGACGUCUUUCCUGCACGGAUGCGGUGAUGGCGGGAGCCCUGUUUAUUGAGGGAUCUCACCCAUACCGUAUCGGGCGCGUGCUGAUUUAUCAAGUCCUUGGGGGUCAGGUGGAACGAACGGGAUGGAUUGGAAUGCUGUCCUUGGCGGCUUGUUUUGUUUACUAAACUGGGCUGAAAUAGGGGCUUGCUUCGCAGUCCAAAGGCAGAGGUCGACGGGUAGUAUAUUAUGUGGCCUGUACAGAAACUAGUAGUAGUAACACAUUCUCUCUUUUUUUCUUUUCAGUCGUGUUUUCUCUUGUCUUCGAGUUGAUUUCCCCCUUUGCAAGAAAACAGAACAAGUAAGGGAGUGACCUUUCAACAUGGCGAUGCUUGCUUGCUUGCUUGAAAGAUAGAUGCGGGAUAUAGAAUCGUGU